CUGCUUCUUGUAGUGACGCUCGUGCUGCGUUUGCAUACUUUAUCACAGCUGAAGUGAAAUAAAUGCAAUAUUUGACUAAUACACUGAUGUUUCAGAGACAUUUUCAUUCAAUACUUUAUGUACUGCUUACAGCUUCCGUUUUUGCAAGAAUAAAGUUAAACAUAUUAUUGAAAUACCAGUGUAGUGGGAUCUAUGUUUUUAUCAGUUUUAUUUACAUAAAUUUUACAUAUCAAACAAUCAUGUCAUCCUUGUGACUAUAAGCCCACACACACUUGACGUUAAGUAAAGUAUAAAAGCAGAGCUGUUUCUGGAACUUCACAAAAUCUUCCUCUGAGAUUCUACAGGCGAUAACCAAACCAAGGUUCAUUUCAGGUUCAUCAUGGCAGUGCUGAGAAGUCUAAUGCUUCUUUUCGUCAUCUUCUCCAUGGGGAAUGCAGAAGUCAUAAAAUGCCCCAAAGGAUGGUCAAGUUUUGGACUCCGGUGCUUCAGGUACCUCUCUCCGUCGGUUAACUGGAUCACAGCAGAGAGAAACUGCCAAGGUCUUGGUGCGAAUCUCGCAUCUGUGCGUAAUAAACCGGAAAAUGAUUUUCUGCUGGGUCUGCUGCCUUCUUCUUCCUCACGUGCUUGGAUUGGUGCUCAUGAUGGUGAACACGAAGGACAGUGGUUGUGGAGUGAUGGAUCUGUGUAUGACUUUACCAACUGGUGCGCUGGAAACCCUGACAAUCUGGGUACUGAGAACUGUGUGGAGAUCAGCUUUUCCUCUAACCGUUGCUGGAACGACUGGACCUGUGCAGGCCAAAUAGGCUAUAUUUGUGUUACAGGUGCUUGAGAUCAUAUGCAGGCAUGCUGCUCCACAGUCACAUUGAUUUUACACUUUGUGAUCUUUACAAAAAAAUUAUAUUAUAAAAUUAAACUUCAUGUGAAUCUUUUCUAAGCUUUAAUCUCUUCUGAAACACUCCUCUAAUCAAUAAAAGCAUUA